UUGAUCAUGACGUCGCCCACCCUCAACUCCACGCCCUCACGGAAGUGAUCGAUUGAUCCAGAUGGUGCGUGCAGCACAAAGCUGGAUGCCUGGGGUCCUGCUGCAGAACAGCGCGCAACCCUGCAGUCUUUCGCUUUCACUCUCGAUGUUCAGUGUGAGACUUGGACGAGCGUUGGCUGAUCGAUAAAAGAUGAGAGAAGAGUCCGGAGCUGUACUCUAGGGUCCGGGCAAGACGACCACCUGCUCGCUCAGCUGCUUUCGCCUCAAGAGCUUGGGUGGCUGUUGCCCGUCGCUGUCAGGGUUUUGGAGCCUUGGGGUGGGCGUGGCGCAAUGCGAGGUGUUCUUGUCUAAAGACAGGCCUUGUGGGUUUUGCAUGCUUCAGCUUUGCAGCUGGCUAUGGCUGAAAUACACAUGCGAGCGCAGAUCCCCGAGACUGAUGAUGAGAAAAAGGGUCGCGAGGAAAAGAGCUCCAAGCCGAGCUUCGGGUGCUGGCAGGUUGUGCUAAGCCGAGCUUUGCCAAUGUUGCUGGCAUUCUUGGUUGUGCCCGCAACCCAAGCUGUUGGUGUCGCAACUGCUGCCACCUUCAGCUACAUCCUGGCCGCUUGCUUGGGCAGGUCCUGGAAAUGCUUGAGCACGAGAUGCUUGAGCAUGAUCUUUUGUUUCACCUUGAGCUGCUGGUUCUUCGUGUUCUUUUGGCCAAGUUUCUUGACCUUUGCCUCCUGGAACAACGGCUGGAUCCCUGGAUUCCGGGCAUUGCAGCCAGGCUACCAGCCUGAGGGCUGUGACACUGGCAAGCUGGUGCAAGAAUUUGUGGAGGGAGACUUUAUGAAGGAACUGGAUGCCGUGCACUGGGAUGCAAAAGCCCAGCGCUGUGACUGCCGGCUCCCGGACAAUGGGGCCGAACAGGGCCGCUGCAAGUCCUCUGACAGCGAGGACCUGCCCCGUUUCACCGUCGUCAGCGCCCUGAUCGACGUCGGGCGCCGCGACCGCGCGGGCUGCGACUACCUCCGCAUGUUCGCCCCGCAGCUGCACCGCCAGGUCGACCUCGUCUUCUUCGGCGAGGCCUGGGCGCUGGAGGUGGUGCAGGCCGUGCGGACGGCGCUGAACCUCAGCAACCGAACCAGGCUGCGACUGCUCGAGGCCGGAGACAAGCCAACGGCUGCGCAAGCACUGUGGGGUGCACCUGCCAGUCUGGCCUUCCACCACCACCUGGGACAGAUGCAGGCCAUCGCUGCAAGAAAAUACUUCUGGCACUUACUGCAUCUCUUCAAGGCUGGUGUCAGUGGAAAAGUCGUUCCACAUUAUGCUUGGGUCACAAAUGAGAAGGCAAACUUUGUAGUCCAGGCGGCACGCGAGAACUACUUCCAAAACUCACAAAGCGAUGCAGGGCACAGCUACUUUGUGUGGAUUGAUGUUGGUGCGGGUCAUGGGAACCUCAAGGCAACUCGGCACUUCUGCGCCUGCAAUCUGGCAGUGCCGGGCACAGUGACGCUGUUUCACCAGCUUCGUAACAAAAAAGAGCUCUUCGAAGGUGCUGGAGCUGACAUGAGCACGAAGUUCGAGGCUCUCCCACUUGGCAAGUUGACAAUCAGCAACUACUUGUCAUCUUACGAUUUUACGCACCAUUUCGAUGAAAUCAUCGGCACGUUUUGGGGUGGCGACCUUGCUGGCAUUGAACUCUUCUGGGAGCAUUGGAACGCAACUUUCCACCGACUGAUGGACGCCGGGGCCAUCGAUCACGACCAGGGAAUAAUUUGCCUUGUCGCUGCCAGUGAACCCCAAUGGUUGCGCUACAUCACCAGCAACUUCUACGGAGUCUUGCACCUGUGCUAAUCAGGUCUCUCAAGAUUCUCAAGCUGGUGUGCAGUGGCAAAGCUUUCCACGAAAGACUUACUCAGCAUGGAACCGGACAAGAGGCGAGAGACGGUGAGAAGGAGUGCGC